UUUGCCUAGAGUGUUCAAAAGAGAUAGUAAUACAUAGGAGUUAGAAAUAGCAAAAAUGAAAAUCGGUCUGACAUCGCUAACUUUACAUUGUAUUGCAUGAUUGGUCACAGUAAUUAUAUUCAUGGCAUGCUGUAGUAUCACAUGAACUGUUUGUUUCUCAGAAUAAGAUUUUCAUUUUUGGCAUGCACUUGAUAUAAUUAGGUCUAUUUUUAGUACAAAGUCUGUAUUCCUUACAAGAGUAUAGAGUGUAUUGUCUCCUAGCUGCACAUAGAUCUGUUAUAGCUGUUAGGAUCCAGCUGAACUACAUACCCAGAUUUAUUCUUACUGCUAGACUAGUAGAUUUAUCAUGAAUCAGCUCACUUCGGCAUGAUGGCUGGGUCAGAGCAGUUUGGACAGAGGAGGCCUCCCCUGUCUGUUACCAUAAGGGGUAUUCUUGAGAGGUACCCUGAUGGACAAAUCUUCAAGGAGAUAAUCCAGAAUGCUGAUGAUGCUGGAGCUAAGACUGUGUGGUUCUAUGUUGAUGAGAGGCAACACGGCAUUGCCAACCUCCCUCACUCUGACCUGGCUAACUUCCAGGGACCAGCUUUAGUGGCUGCCAAUGAUGCAUGCUUCACAAGCGAUGACUGGAAGGGAAUACAGAGCUUGCAGCAGAGUAUCAAGGCCGAGGACCCUUUCAAAGUUGGAAGCUUUGGAAUCGGAUUCAACUCUGUGUACCAUCUCACUGACCUGCCAAUAAUUGUCAGUGGCAAUCGAUUAGCUUGUUUCGAUCCCCAAGAACAAAUAUGGACCGGUAGUGCAGGCCAGGCAUUCAAUAUAGCUAGCCUUAUCAAUCAGUCUUCUGAUCUUGUUACCCCGCUCAAUGGCUUAGCAGACUUUGAUCCUAACUUGGCUCGUCAUGGCAGGUACUCAAAUACAAUCUUCCGACUACCACUACGCUCAGCAGUAUCUAAUCUCUCUGACAAUAUUUACAGCACUCAAAAGCUUUGGGAGCUCCUCAAUGCCCUCAGGAAGGAAGCAAAAUACCUGCUUCUUUUUUUGAAAUCAGUGUGUAAAAUCAAAGUGAUACACAUCUCACCUUACGGUCGACACAGCAUGUUAUUCUGUGUAGAAAUAGCUCCAGAUAGUCUAGCCUUGGUUUGCUCUAAACGAGAUCUUUUUAAGCAGCAACUCCAGCAAGCUCACAUUCUAGAGCCAUACUCUAUUUCCAAUAUGAUCAUUUCUUUCACAGCCACUUUCUCGGUGGUUGUGACUGACAACAACUCUCAGGGUCAUUUUGUUGACACGAGUAAGUGGAUGAUAGCUAACAGUGUUGGAUCAGCAGACUCUACUGUACAAGCAGCUGCAGCCAAGCAGCAUACAUUUCCUUGGGUUGGCACAGUGUUGGAGUUAGGUGGUAGUUCUGUUGGGGGUCGUAUAUUUUGUUUCCUUCCCAUGCCUGUCGAGGCUCCAUGUGGUCUACCGGUUCAUGUCAACGGAACAUUCGGGCUCAAUGACGACAGGCGUACUCUAAAAUGGCCAGGAAUUGAAAGAAGGAACGAUCCCACAGCAAAUUGGAACAAGAUUCUUGUUAGUCAACUCCUCCCACCUUGUUAUGCCAUGUUACUCAUGGAGGCUAAAAACUACAUUUCUCGUGAUCAGUUCUACAACGCCUGGCCUGAUGUGAAUGCUGUCAAUAGCACACAGUUCUAUGAGAUUCUUCAUCCUUUGUUUACUUUAUUGCUUCAACAAGCAGUUUUUUGGACAGAAAACAUUGAACUACAUCAAGGAAGCUGGAUUAUCAAAUCUCAAGCAACUUUCAUUAAUGAAGACGAAAGUGUUCUUCCCUCCUUUAUGCAACAAGUGCUCAAAAACUGUUCCAUCCAGCUAGUCUCUGUUCCUGCCAAAAUAUGGGUAGCACUGCGGUAUGCUAAGGCUGGGGUCACAGAGGUGUCCCCUAGGCUAGCCCGCUCAAAGAUUCGCUCUUACCCAAGAAGUUAUGCUAGCACUGAUCUGAUCAGCAAAAGAGUGAUUCUGACCUACUGUUUGUCUGACAGUUUGUACAGUGAUCUUAGUGGAUUGAAUCUUCUUCCCCUAGCAAAUGGUAAUUUCACAACCUUUGAUGCAGUAGGUCAGAUUGUGUACCUUUGCUCAGAUGAUUGUCCACGAUCCUUGCUCCCUAACUUGGACCACUUGCUUGUCGAUACAUCAGAUGAUACAAAACUUCAAGAAAGUCUUUGUUAUGUGGCUGCUAGUCAACAAACAAAGCUUCGACUUCUUACUGAGAGAGACAUUGCUAAUCUUCUCUCACAAGCUCUCCCAUCAAGCAGAAACAGUCUGGUGUCUAUGCCCCAAUCUAAGAUUCCUUCUACUUGGCUUCAGACCUUCUGGGAUUGGCUGCAGAAGAAAAAUCUACAAAGUUUUGUCGGCCAGCUUCUGGUUCCUUGCUAUAUCUCCACAUCCAGCUCAAAACGAAACUUUCACCUUUCUCCCCUUAAAUAUACACAGGCUGUGAUUUUUGUCAACAAGUAUUCAUCUUGCUCAGGCAAUUUGCUCUCUGCUAUCUACAAAAUGAAUAUCAGAGUUUGCCUGCAAAGUGAAUUUAGCUAUGUACAUCACAGGCAACUAUUAGCACAUGUAAGGCAGCUCGACACAAACAACUUAUUGGAUGCCAUAGCUGCACCAUGGUCAAAUUACGAAGGAGUUGUCUUCUCGUCCCAGGAAGCAAAUAGUAUGAGAGAGUUUCUCGUACUUAGUGCAUAUACUCCUUCUAUGUCAAGAGAGAAUAUUUUAAGGAACAUUUGCAUAUUCUCAUCUGCACCAAACUCAUCCGAAAACCUGUUUUCUAUUAACACAGCAGAAUCGAAAUCGGUAACGAGACAAGUAAUAGGAGAACCUGACAAAUGUGCUUUCAAUAUUGCCAACCUGCCUUCAAACCUCAUAAUUUUAUCCCGAAAGAACCAUUAUCAGCUACAAUUGUUACGCUCCCUAGGUAUUCCAUUUGUUUCUGAUGUCAGACUUCUUGUCAAUCAUGUGUUUCCACUCAUUAAAAGUAGGGCUGUCCCUGACCAUCUCAUCGACAAACUAAUGCCUGAAGUGUUGGAUAUGUUCCAAGUCCUUAACUCCAGAGAACACAAUAUGGCCAGUCACCUUGAGAGUUUGAAAUUUGUGAAGACAUAUAAUGGGCGAAAGAGUCCUUCAGAACUCUUCACUCCUUUUGAUGAUGAUAUUGUGGGUUUGUAUAGUGGAGAAAAUGUAUUUCCAAAGGCUCCUUACAACACAUAUGAGCGAGUUCUAACUUUACGAAGCUGUGGUCUCAGUGUCACAGUUACCCCACAACAAGUCCUUGACAUUAUCUACUCCAUAAGUUGUUCUUGCAGUUCAUAUCCACAACGUGUUGACAGCUUGAAGCUGAACAGGGCAAGAGCAGUGCUCAAGUACAUAAGUACACCUACAUUUUACAAUCAAACUGGUGGACAGUAUGUAGUAGCCAACGAUGAGUAUCAAUAUUAUAUUUUCUCAACUGCUCUCAACCAUCUAGCUACCAGUCGGAGCUGGCUUCCAAUUUACAGCAAUAAGCCUUUAGGCUAUCCUGACGAAAUUUCAUGGAAAGGACACCUCCUCAAUUCACAUUUUAUCUCUCUGAGCAACUCAAUAGUUUUAUCACCCUUGAUGGAAAGUACUCUUCCCUGCCUAGUAGGCUCACAGGUCUAUAUUGUGUCACCUUUUGUCGCCGAUUAUAUUGCUAAUAUACUACCGACGGACUCUAGCAGUCUUUCACACUAUGUGGUGGCUCACUAUAAAGAGAUACUCACACACAAGAAUAAACUCUCCCUGGAUGAUAUAAACUCGCUUGUUAUGCAAGUGUAUGCGUACAUGAAUAGUCAAGGUGUCUCCUAUCUUGCCUUGUUGUACUCGAUUACAGAAUGGAUAUACAUCAAGAAAAAGAGGAGGUUUGUAGCUCCAGCUGUAGUAGCAUUAGAGCAUAACUCUGCAUUCAAACGUGACCUUGAGCCGUACAUUUACGUUCUACCCGACACCCUAUCACAAUACACCACACUCUUUGGCUCAGCUUCCAGAGUCGCGAAAACUAUUAGUACAGCUCAGAUAGUAUCUGUUCUCAAAUUCAUCAGAAAUGAUGUACAACCUAAUGAUCACCAAACAAAUGCUCCAGAAGCCUGGAAUACGGUCAUGGGCAUUCUAAACUGGCUUACAAGCAAUGGAAACCGGAGCGUUCCCGAUAACGUUAGGCCAGAAGAUGUCCUUGUACCAGUAGAAACACAGUUUGCAUGGCCCAAGCUAGUUCAAGCUACAGAUGUAGUGUACACAGACAGUGAAUUCCUGAAGGAUUGCCUGCAAUCAUCUGAAGAAAAGCAUUCCUACCAAUUUGUGCAUAACCACAUUUCUGGUAGCCUCGCACAUUACCUCGGUGCAGCCCCAUUGUCAGAGCACUUGGACAUUUCUGAGGACAUGUUUGAAGAUGCUGGUCAGCACGAACCACUUACCACUCGAUUGAAGAAUAUCCUCCGAGACUACAAAGACGGACUCACUAUUAUCAAGGAGCUGCUGCAGAAUGCUGACGAUGCAGAGGCUACUGAAGUGAAUAUUUGCUAUGAUGCUAGGCAGCAUGAAAUAAAUCCUAAGAAACUGUUCUUCUCAGGAAUGGGUGAAGUUCACGGUCCUGCUCUUAUCGUUCACAACGAUCAAACUUUCACUGAUGAUGACUUUAUGAAUAUAACUAAGCUAGCUGCUGCAACCAAGCAUGACAAGGCCCUCAAGAUUGGAAAAUUUGGAAUUGGAUUUUGCUCCGUGUACCACAUGACAGAUGCUCCAUCCUUCAUUAGUCGAGAUCGCUUGUACAUAUUUGAUCCCACUCUUUCUUACUUGAAGAAAGAAGUGAAAAAUCCUGGCCAGCCUGGAAAGAAAACCAAGUUUACACACAGGCUUAUAUCUGGCUCAAAGCAGUUAGACCCAUACAUAGGUCUGUUUGGAUUCGAAAGAACACAAAAUUACAAAGGUACAAUGUUCAGAUUACCUUUCCGCACAAAUGGCAGUGUGCUUAGUGGGACCUGCUACACUGAAGAGACUGUACGAGAGCUUGUGUCAGCCAUUAAAGAAAAUAGCUCCAGCUUACUUCUGUUUCUGCAGCAUGUGAAAACAAUCACAGUCCAGCGAAUAGAUCCUGGUCAGACUGCUCCUGUAGUCCUGUUAAAAAUAUGCCGCGAUAGUGAGGUUCACCUCCCUAUUUCUCUACCUCCUGGAGUUGAAAUUCGAAAUUUGUCUUGUGUUGAGCCACAAGCUGCAAGUGAGAACUGUCAUUGGCUGCUUUCCCAAGCCAUUGAAAGAGAUCACCAACAACGGUACUACACUGCCACAGUUGCUUGUCCGCUAGGCAAUUAUGGUAACUACAGCGUGGACGCAUGUUUCCAAGGAGAGAUAUUUUGUUUCCUACCGCUCUCUCAAAAGACAGGGCUACCAGUACACAUCAGUAGUAACUUUGCUGUGAUCCACAAUCGUCGAGGCAUCUGGACUUCUGACGAAGCCACGUCACAGACUAGUAGAGAAGUCACAUGGAAUAUCACUCUAAUGCAAGGGGUCAUUCCAAGAGCUUAUCAUACACUUUUGAUGGCAUUGAAAGAAAUGAAAAAUGACCAAAUCCAGAGCUAUGUUUUUCAUGAUUUGUGGCCACAAAAUACAAACUUAUUGCAGCGGAACCCAUGGAAGUAUAUGGUAACACAACUGUAUGUACUGAUUUCGUCAGACCAACUAUUCUACUCAGAAUACUUUAAACAAUGGUUUCAUGUCAAACAAAGUAGAUUUAUUGCUCCUGGAAUCUUGUGUCAAUCAUCAGAACAAACAUCAACUCCUGAAUGUGUUACUGGGGUGGUCAAGUAUAUAAACCAGCCAAUUGUUGAUCUACCCAUCACAUUCCAUUCUUACUUCAAUUUAAAAGAAGUUACAAUUGAUGAACCUGCUUUCACUGAACUCUUCUUUCAGAACUUAAGCUCUCUUGGGUCAAUCCUCAGCACUCGCUCUGAGGUCAUUCAGCACAUGCUUGAGGUGUAUGCAGCUGAGUAUGAUGAUGGGUCAGAACGGAGCUACUCAUUGGAUGACUACUUCAAGAAUUAUGCCUCCAUACCAUGUACCCCUGACGGCAAAGUCCUCAGAAAGUGCAAUGAAGUUGUUGACUGUGAUGCUGACUUUUCCCCCCUGUACGAUAAAUCUGAGAGCUAUUUUCCUAUUGACAAACUAUCGGAAAGGCAUCUUUCUGUUACAGCAUUGCAUGAGCUUGGCAUGAUUAGUGAAGCUAUUCCGUACGAUAUGCUAGUGGAGCGUGCGCGUAGUAUUCCAGCUCUGUAUUUAUCCAAUAAAACAAAGGCUUUGAAGCGUGCACAACUAAUUCUGUCAUCAUGUACCAAAGUUGAGAGUUUCGAAGUUUUACCACCUAUAAAACGAAAAAAAGCUAAAUCUCGAAACGUGUCGUACCAGACAGCCAUCAGUGGGGAACUAUCCUCCAUUCCAUUUUUACCAGUGCUCCCAAAACCGACAGGAUAUAUUCUUCCAUGGAAGGGAGAUGGACAUGAACUAAUGUGUGGUGAAGACUUGAUGAUCGUACGUACUAAUGGGUAUAGAGAAGGUACUGGUAUUAAUCUAAGUAUCGCUGGGUCCCAAAUUGCAUUCGUGAAUGAAGCUUUUGUUACAGAUGGAGGCUGUGGGUUUAUCACCCAAAGCAGUCUGCCUAUGUUGAGGUUACGGCAGUCACCUUCAAUGGAUGAAGCUAUCGCACAACUUGCUGAAAUUCAACAAGUGUUUGAAACACAACCCGUUACCGAACAUUUAGUGAAAACCAUUGAUAAAAUGUGCCACCAAGUGUAUGGUUUCCUUGACAAACAACUUGAACUUGAGACAACAUGUAAAUCAGAAGACAGUACUCAGAAGAGUGUUCAGCACUUGCCAAUAGAAUCUGUAUGGACUGGUAUGCGGUUUGUCAGCAAAGAGGUUGUUGGAAGCGACUGGAGUGUAGACGGUCCUUAUCUGUACAAAUUGCCAGCAAGUCUAUCAUCUAAAAUAUAUUUGAUAGAAUCUUUGCAGUUAAAGAAACAGUUUUGCCUGAAAGAUAUUGAGAUAACUCUUAUAGCGAUGAAGAGAGACUUCCAAGACGAACCAGUGAAUGAGCGAUGUCAAACUGUGCUAUAUUCUAUUGUCACUUUACUUCACCAAGUCGAACUAAAUAUAGCAGCCACCCCCACACUUAUGCUUCCUGAUGAAAUGUUUGUUCUGCACGAGUCAAACAAACUGGCCUAUAAUGACGUAGACUGGGCACCGAAGGACCCAAAACACACUUACGUACAUGACAUCAUCCCACCAACCCUAGCAAAGAAACUAGGUGUGGAGCCAACGAGAAGUAAAAUACUUGAGAAAUUUGUGAGCUCUUCUAAUCAAUUUCAGAGUAUUGAAUUCGGUCAGCAUGAAGAGUUAACUCACAGGAUUCAAAACAUCAUAAGAGACUAUCCGUUUGAUAUCACAAUCCUUAAAGAACUACUUCAGAACACAGAUGAUGCCAAAGCAACUAAAAUGUAUAUCAUUAUGGACAUGCGGACACAUGGAAAUCAAGGAAUAAUUUCAAAGAAUUGGGGUAAGCUUCAAGGCCCAGCUCUCUUGGUUUGGAACAAUAGUGUCUUUGCAGAGAAGGACUUGGUGGGCCUACAGAAAUUGGGGCUAGGUAGUAAACGCACAGACUAUGAAAGCAUUGGUCAGUAUGGCAUCGGUUUCAAUGUUGUUUACCACCUCACUGAUUGCCCUAGCUUCAUCACUGGAGGAGAAACAAUGUGUGUACUGGAUCCACACUGUGAGUAUGUUCAUGAAGCACAUGUACUUUAUCCAGGGAGAAGAUUUGAAGGUUUGAGUAAGGGAUUCUGGAAAUCAUUUCCUGAUAUGAGCUCCGCUUAUCUGCAGUCUGGCCUUGAAAAUUGCCCUCUUGAGCUUAGUGGUGGCUCUUUAUUUCGAUUUCCAUUAAGACACACAAAACAACAUUUGCUAGAUUCGAAAAUUAUCCCCAGAGACAACUACGGAAUUCCCAUUGAUGAUCCUAUAACAUCUAAAAGCAUGCUCGAAAGGCUUAAAGAAUGGGCACCUAGUAUGAAAGAAGCAAUGCUGUUUAUUAAUAACGUUACGGAGCUGAAAUUCAUGGUUAUAGCAGAAAAUGGGAAAACUAUAGAUGUCAUGAAAAGGUAUUGCACUAAAGUUGAAGACUCAGCACAAGAGAGUCGUCUAGAGCUUCACAAAGCAAUGUCAGAUUUCGGCAAGAAGAAGGGAAACAAAUCUCUUGUUAUCAGAUACCCAUUAACCAUCAGUGAAAUACAUUGCUCAUCUGGAAAAGAAGCUAGAACUGAUGAAAAGUGGUUAAUACAACAGGGGUUGGGAGAUAUAGAGAACGAAGAACAGACAUGGAGUUUUAUUGACACAAUCAAGCCGAGGCACGGGAUUGCAGCUCCAAUAUCAUUGCUACAGCCUCCCAAAAUGUCAUUCACUCAAGUUUUCCGGAGGACUACACCUCCAAGCGAGGAAUCUUUGAAGGGCAAAGUUUUUUGUUCUUUGCCUCUACCAGUUACUUCAAACCUUCCUGUCCAUAUUAAUGGAAAUUUUAUUCUUAACUCAACACGUAGAAACUUGUGGACUUCUACAGAGGAGGAGAGAGAAGACGAUCGGUCUGUAUGGAACAAUCGACUGUUUCAAGCCAUAUCCUCUUCGUAUGCAAACCUUCUCGAGCAUUCUCAGUCAUUUUAUGUAUCCAUUGAACCAUACAAGGAAUGGUACACAGCAAACCAUGAUAUCAGGAGGUACUACAAUAUCUAUCCAGCUGCAUCUAAAAUUGGUAAACCAUUCACCAAGGUAGCAAAGAGCGUCUAUAAGAAACUUGUUGCCCACAACGUUAACAUUUUGGCUGUCGUAGAAUGUGAUGUACAUCUUGUACCAGGAUUACAAAGCAGUGAAGCUAAACAAUUGAAAGUGAUUUGGCAUCCCUAUAAAAGCAGUAAUCCAUCUACCCAAGUGUAUUUUUGGUCUACUAUUGGCAUUGAUGAUAAAUGCACAAGGAGGGAAGUAAAGGUAAUUCUCGAAAACAUGGGCAUGAAGCUGACAGCUGUGAGCAAGUUUAUUCAAUCUCAGCUCAACCGACCCAUUAAAAACAGUGGUGACAAGAUCCCAAGCAUCAACCCAGAAACUGUAUUUGAGUACUACUCAAACUUUUGCUCUCAAGCAAGCAAUACAGGACAGUUCCCAUGUCAAAUCAGUGACACUGUUUUUGGAGAUGUGUUUACAUUCAAACUGUUCACUGAAUACCUCCUGCGUGCAAUAAAGACUAGCACUCCAGUUGCCGAAGUAUCACUUGACAUCAAUACUGCAGAGAUUAUAACCAGUCCUACUGAGCCUUUAGAAUACCUCCUGCAUGCAAAAGAUACAGUUGCCGUUACGUCACCCGGCAUUAAUACGGCAGAGGUUAUAACUAGUCCUCCUGAGUCAUUAGAAGACCACCACCUCCUGAAUGCAAAAAAGACUAGCACUAUAACUCCCGAUGUAUCACCCGACAUCAAUACGACAGAGAUUGUAACUAUUCCUACUGAUCCCUUAAAAUUCUCAAAGGAACCAUUUGGUCAUCCACUUCUUUUAACUGCCGAUGGCCUUCUGAGGAGAUUCCAUCAAAAUGAAAAAGUUGUUAACUCCAACUUUUCCAAUCUUUUCCCUAAUAGUUUAGACUGUUUUCUGCACCCUGAAAUGACAAAAGUUGCGUACAGCAUCAGGUAUUUCGUUGAAUGUGAGCCCUUAUCAGACGAUGCUUACAGUUGUAUCUUUUUUGACAGGGUUUUAACCAAAAACUUAACUGGAUGCUUCAAAACAAAUCGAAUAUCUCAGCUUCCCCCAAGUCUGGCAAAAGAACAGUUAGUCAGUUACUGGAAUUGCUUUUCAGAGGAUCCAGUUUUCAGUUUCAAUAUGCCUCACUUGUUGAAGGAAUGGGCUCUUCUUCCAAGUACCGCAGGCAGUAUACAUUCCUACAGUGACACUCUCGCACCAAUUUUUCCCAUUAAUAUGGAGGAGGAGGAGGAUGGUAAAUAUCUUAAAAUUUACCAGGUCCUGCAACACGUUGGCAUACCAUUUCUAGACACACAAAUUGUUGGCUCUGCUCUCCUGUCAUGCCCAACUGUGUCAGACAUUCCAGCUAUUCUGAAGAUAUUGUUCCAAUUAAAUCAAGAAAUAGACUUAUCUGCUGUCCUUGACAAAAAGAUGAUCAGUAUUAUCAUAUCGUACCUCAAGAUCGUUAACCUCAGAGCUUCCCUUGACAGUGCUAGCCACAUAAGGUCUCUUCCUCUAUUUGAGUGUGUUGAUGGCAUUUUCAGAUCAUUACAAGAUAAAAAUGCCUAUUUAUGGCCCAGCAAUGCUUGUAAAGCGGGUUAUUCUGAAUGGAACAAAUUCGCUCCAAAUGCUAUCUUCUUGUAUGAAUGUGGCACCUGGAGAGAUAUUGGCUCUCCGAAGGUCCUUAGAAUAUAUACUUUAGCUGCAGAAGAUCUUUAUUGCAAGUUUAUCUUUAAAUUUUUCUAUUACCUCAGCGAGAUAGACAGGUAUGAACAUCUAAAUCAUAUCAGAGUCACUUUAUUCGACAAAAAUGUUGUGUACAAAAACAGCAAAUCCAUGCACGAAAAGGAAAACAUAGAAAGAGCCAAACAGUUUCUCCAAAAACUGACUUCACUCUGCUGUAUUGGCACUGACAAGUUGCGGCCUGUUAGCAGUUACUGUAAUCAUGAGAUUGACAUAUUUGUUACUUUCCACAAGCACUUUUCCUUUCUCCCUGAAUACUUCAAGGGUUCUCCAGCAUGGACUGAAUGGCUAGAUUUCUUCAAGGAACUAGGAUUAAGGCACACUGUCAGUCACACUGAAUUUCUCAAGUUCUGCAAAGAAACUGCUAGAGGAAGUCACGAGGAUAUUGAAAUAACUUCGACAGUUCUCUUUGAAUAUCUAUUAUCGGACAGCGCUAAGAAGGCAGAAUGGCAUUUUGAAGAAUAUUUUCUACACCAAGUAGCAGAUAUACCAUUUGUGCCUACACAACUCCUUCCAGAAGUGACAUGGAUCAGAAGUGCACAAUGUGGGUCAAACAACAUAGUGGUGAACAGGCGCAUGUGCUCCCUUGCCAAACUCAAUGAAGCUGCCAUUACAGACUGUCCCAUUCUCUUGUGGACCGUAAAGCCGAUAGUAAAACUUCCUAAAAACUGGAGGCCGUUGAUUUUUUAUGAGCACCGCCUGUUAGCAGAUCAAUUAGGUAUUUCAUAUGAGCUUGACAUUUCUCGUGUGAUUGAAAACAUACGAAAUAUUUGUGCUUUGAAGAAAUUCAGCAACUUUCAAAAUUUUGAUCAUUAUCCAGAUUCUAACAUACCCACUUCUGAUAAAGCUGUGUCACUUAUGACAGUGAUGGUGGAAAACCUGACAUUUUUACAUAGGAAAGUACGUCAAGUUAGCAAUGCUCACAUACAGUUAUUGAGGGGUAUGCAUUGCAUUCCAGUGUAUAGCACAUUUGAGAAGACACACAAGAAUCACAUAGUGCUUGUGGAGCCAUUCAGUGUCUUGCAUUGUGAUGAACUUUUAACCGACAACUAUUAUCCGUUUCUUCACAACCUUCCUGAGCAGUUAGGUUUUAUAAGCUUCUUUCUGCAGCAGAUUGGAGUAGAAUCUUCGAUCGGUUAUAAGCACGUUCAGUUUGUCCUUCAGAAGGCCUACAAACUUUCCGCUGGGCAGGUACUUGAACAGAAAACAAGGACAUGUGUUUUUGCAAUAGUAGGGGAGCUCAUCAAUUUGUUAAGGGUUCAAUCACCCAAUGGUCAGUUUGACAUAAUUGGAGAGACCCUCUCUCCUCUGUACCUGCCUAGUGAUAACAUGACACUAGUCCUCUCAACACAAUUGCUGUAUGCUGAUGAAAAUUUCAUGGGCAGAAUUCAUCUUGAGGAAACCCAGUAUUCCCUUCUAAAGAUUAGGGGAGAAGAAGGCAAGAUCCAACUUUUUGAGAAAGAUUUCUGUACAAUGCUGCCAAUGAAGGUUCGUCCUAUUGGCUUAUCAACGGUGUGUACCCAAACUGUUUUGCCAGAGUGUGAACCCAUUGAACACAUGAAUGUUGGCAAAGCUUUGAAUGGAACAUUUGAAAUGAAAAACUUUCUGCCACAGGCCAUUUCUGCAUGUGUUCAAUACUACGCCAAGGCCAGGCAACCUUUGAAAAAUGUAGAAGCUAUUGCUAGGGAGUUUUUGACCAGCACUGAAAUAAAAACCCUAAGCCAUUUACGAAUGGCUGUCACUUUUAAAGAGGACCAAAAAUUACUCGGUAACCUGGACUCCAAGUUCUACUUAGAAACAACUGGAGGCAUUAUCGGUGGGUGCUUGUACCUAGACUCGCAGUUGACAAAUAAUUUUAAAGUCGUAAGAGUUUUGUGCAACCAACUGCUUGGGCUAUUUAGAAUGAAACUAAACGAGCAGCUAAUUACUCCUGACCUGUACGAUAUCUUCAUUCAGCUUUUAAGUGUCCAGAAUCCACAAGAAGUUAAGGAAAUUUUAGAGGACAAUAGCAUUCCUCUACCUGAAAAAGGAAUGAUGGAUGACACCACUUUCAAAUUAGGUAAAGAAGUUGCAGAGUGUUGGCAUUAUAGACUUGAUCAAGCAGUUGAGAAUAUUUUCCAUCCUGGAGAGAUAGUGGGAUAUGAAAUGAUGGAGAGUUACAUCGUUUAUGUGCAGAUUAUGCACCCUACUAUGCCUGAAGGGUGUGAAAGCUUUGAUUCCGUCCCUCGAAUCAGUAUGAAGUACAAAAUACUAACACACCCAGACGAUGAGGAAGGAAAAGAAGUGGGUGUGCUUAAGCUCUACAAAUUCCUCAGAGGUUUGAAGAAAGAGACGAUUCUGGCAGAAGGAACAGAUUUUGCACCGUAUUGGGGUGAAACAAACACGAUUUAUGUGCAGCAGGAAUUACAAGGCGAGAACCUUCACGAAAUCAAAGAUUCUCUACUACGUCAACUGGAUGAGAUAUGGAAACUACCAAAAGAAGAGAUAAAGAAAGCUAUAAGACGUCUCUGUCUCAAGUGGCAUCCCGAUAAGAAUCUGGAUGACCCUGCUGUUGCUGAAGAGCUGUUCAAGUUCCUUAAUUCUGAGAUAUCAAGGAGAGAUGUGGACAAGAACUUUGAUAUACAUUGGGACGAUCUGAACAGAACCGCACAGCGACAAAGAGAAAGCUAUACAAGGCAGCAAGAGUCAUCUUCACAAUCACAAGCAAGGGGAGGUGGAAUCGGUAGACCUACUGACUGGAGUGGAGCUUCUGCAGAGACACCACAAUUUAAAGAGGAAGAUCUUCGGCCUGAAACAAAUCCAGCUGAAGGAAGGCGCUGGUUAAAGCAAGCUGAGGCUAACUUUAAAUCUCUUGUUGCAUUGUUCACUGAAGCAAUUCAUGAGGAGAAGAUAUGUGCUGAUGUCUGCUUUAUGGCUCACCAAGUAGCAGAGAAAGCUCUCAAAGGAGGCAAGUUCUUCGUGUGUGGAUUAGACCCUAACUCUCUUACGAAUCACUACAUUGGCCCCCACGCAUGUGGUCUACAGUCUGAAUGUCCUGAAGAGACUCACGGACUUGUCAAUCACACCACCCCCUUGGAGAACUACUACCUCAAUCCACGGUACCCCAAUCGCUGGCCAUCUGGUAUUGUGCCAGCUGAUAUGUACAACUAUGAGCACGCCAAGCAAGCUAAGGAUCAUGCCGAGGCUAUAUUGAGAAUUAUCAAGAACAUUGUAGUCUACUAAUAUAAGUGUGUGUAACCAGAGGAUUGUACCAAUUGUAUAUAGUUGGCUAUAUUGAGAAUUAUCAAGAACAUUGUAUUAUAAUAUAAGUGUGUGUGUAACCAGAGGAUUGUACCAAUUGUGUAGUUGGACUGUUCGACAUUAAUUUUAUUUUUCAGUACAAGAGAUCGAUGUUUAGAUACACGUAUUGUAAAUAUACAUGUAUGUACCUAUAAUUAUAUAAUAAUUAUAAUUCUGCAAU